AUGACUAUACGAGCCAAGGCUGGCAUUUUUCGCCCCUCCAAGAAAUACUCGUUGGUCUCUACUUGGUAUCCUUUAUCUGAGGUGAAACCCACAUGCUUCUCAUCUGCCAAUCGCCAUGCCCAUUGGAGAGCUGUUAUGCAGGAUGAGCUCGAUGCACUACUACGGAGUGGUAUAUGGGAUUUGGUCAAGCCCAAGCCCAAUGCUAAUGUUGUGGGUUACUGCUACAAGGCACGACUGGUUGCCAAGGGGUACAAUCAGCGUGAAGGCCUAGACUACAGUGAAAUGUUCAGCCCAGUUAUUAAGUCCACAACCCUUAGGGUUAUUCUCAGUCUUGCUGUUUCUCAACACUGGCCCCUGCACCAGCUAGACAUACAAAAUGCCUUUUUACAUGGAGAAUUAUCUGAAGAGGUUUAUGCAAUAGCCACCCGACUUUAUUGA